UCCAUGGAAUUUUUACUGAGAUGUUCAUACAAACUGGCCUCUACGAAGGAAGAACAAGAAACUAAAAAGAAAAUAAUACAAAAGCAGUUUAAAGAGAAAACUGGUUUAAACAUAGGUAAACCAAAACCAGGGUUUGGUAUUUCCCAUGACGGAAAUACAGCUAGGAGAUUUUUUCAGAACUCGAAAGUUACAUCUGAAAUUAUAGGGAUAGAGUUACCUAUUAUUGAAAGGUUCUCGAAUGUCCUAGCUGCGAUAUCAUGCAACAGAAUUAUUUCACCUGAGUCUUAUGAAAAUUAUGCACGUAAAACUGCUGAACUUUUUCACAAAACCUACCCUCAAUUCACGUUUUCACCAACAGUUCAUAAAAUUCUUUACCAUGGACAUGAGUACAUGAAACAAUUUCCUUUCAUUCCAGUAGGAGCAUUGAGUGAAGAACCACAAGAAGCCCGCAACAAAGAUUUUAAAAGAUAUCGUACAGACUUCUCAAGAAAGAUUUCUCGGAAAGACACUUUAGAAGAUAUUUUUAACAGAUUUAUGUUAACAUCUGAUCCUCUAUUUUUUUUCUUAUUCAAGAAAUUUCAGUUGUCAUCAAAGACAAGAAAAAAGGAUGAAAAUGUACACCUACCUCUAGAUUUUCUCAAUGAGGAAACUUCUGUUAACAAUGCCAUGAUGGGUGUGGGGUACGAUAUGAGUUCUGACGAGGACAAUUUUACAAGUAAUGAUGAAGAUGACGAAAUUACUAAUGAGUUUGAAGAUGGCGUUUUUUAACUAGCAAUUCAUAUUGUUGCGGACCGGUGUGGACUCGACCUAA